UUUAUAUUUUUGAAUGAACACCAUUAUGACCCAAUAUUCCGAACUUUAAUAAUAGAACCAACGUUCUAGCAGUGAAGACAUUUUGGAACUCUGUUUUUUGCAUGUUAUGUGAACAAGUAACGCAGUUAUUACCUUCCACGUAAUUUAAUGCUGCAACACGCGAAUUCAAAAUGUAUUUAUAUUACAUUAUUACAGAAAGUAGUCUCGAAAGGUUGCAGAAAUUAUUCAAUUGAUAUAACCUUCAAAAAUGGAAUAUUUAAACUUAAUCAAAGAGACAGAAGUAAAAGUCGUAGGAAAUUUCAUCAAAAUUUUCAAUUUCAACCCCAUACAACGUUACCCUCGCAAUCGCAAAUUGUCAUUGCGGGUGCAGGAACAGUGGCUAAUUCUGUUGCUUACCACCUUGUCAAUAAUGGGUGGAAUGAUGUACUUGUUCUGGAACAAAACAGGAUUGGAAGCGGAACAUCUUAUUUUGGUUCCGGCACACUUGGUCUUUUCAAACCAAUAUCACAUAGGAAUCUAAUAUCCUACAGCAUUAAGUUGUAUCAACAAUUACAAGAAAUGGGAUACGACAUAGGUUUAAAGCAAUGUGGCAGUAUAUACUUAGCUCAAACCAAAGACAGAAUGAUAGCUUUGAAGAGAAGAAUGGCUUAUAAUAUACCCACAGGUUUAAAUUGUGAAAUUUUAGGAAAAGAUCAAUUAAAACGAUUAUAUCCAUAUUUGCAUACUGAAGACCUUGAAGGUGCACUUUGGGUUCCUGAAGAUGCAGUAGCUAAUUGUAGUGCAAUUUGUGAUGUUCUAGCCAAAUUGGCAAUGAUUGGAGGAGCAAAGUACAUUGAAAAUUGUUAUGUACAGGAAGUUCACACUGAAAAUCGAGCUAUAAAAAGUGUGAAAACUGACCGUGGAGUAGUUUCUUGUGAAUAUUUUGUUAAUUGUGCAGGAAUGUGGGCACGAGAAUUAGGAUUAAAAUGUAAUCCACCAGUUAGAAUCCCAGCAUAUCCUGCAGAACAUUUUUAUGCAAUUAUUCCUCCGUUUCCACUUAAUACAAAUAUGGCUUUACCAUGCAUACGUGAUUUCGAUUCAUACUCAUAUAUGAGGGAGUGGCAAAGAGGUUUAUUAAUUGGAUGGUUUGAACCAGAAUCAAAGCCUGCAUUCGAGAAUGGUGUUGUUCCAAUAAAAGAUUGGAAAAACCAUCUUACAGUUAAUACUUCAUACUGGAAACCUUUAUGGGAUAAAGUAGUACAUAGAUUACCACUCUUAAAAGGUAUACAACCAAAUGUAUAUAAUUGUCCAGAUAACUUUACACCAGAUGGUAAAUGGAUACUAGGAGAAAGUCCAGAAGUAAAGAAUUAUUUUGUUGCUGUUGGCAUGAACGGAAGUUCGUUACAAGGGGCAGGAGGAAUAGGCAAAGAAGUUGCUGAAUGCCUAAUAAAUGGUGAAUCUACACAAGAAAUACUUCCUUUUAAUGUACAAAGAUUUCUAGAUUUACAUAGCAGUAAAAGAUAUUUACAACAAAGAACAAAGGAAAUUGUUGGGAGAAAUUAUGCAAUUUUGUAUCCUCAUCAGUGUGAGUAUAAAUAUGCUCGAAACCUACGUUGUUCACCUCUAUAUUCUGUACUUGAAGAAAGAGGUGCAAUUUUUGGCGUCAAAAUGGCUUAUGAACGUCCACUUUACUUUGAUUCAACUUAUAAAAAAGGGCAAAAAAAACCAGUUAUGCCACCAGGCAGUUUUUAUAAACCAAAGUUUUUUGAUUUUAUGACAGAGGAAUUUCUAGCAUGCAAAGAAGGAGUGGGAAUAAUAGAUAUGAGUUCAUUUUCGAAAAUCGAAAUUAAAUCUAGCCGUUGGGAAGUUGUCAACUAUCUUCAGCAAUUAUGUUCUAAUGAUAUAAAUAUUCCAAUUGGUAGUAUAGUGCAUACAGGAAUGCAAAAUGAAAGAGGAGGGUAUGAAAAUGAUUGUAUCUUAGUAAGACAGGCUGAAAAUAGUUAUUUUAUGGUUUCACCUACGUCACAACAAACACGUAUCUACCAACGGAUGUCUAGACAUUUACCAGCUGAUCUUUCAGUGGGUCUUAAUGAUGUAACAUCAAAAUAUACUGUUAUUAAUUUAGUAGGACCAAAAGCAACAGGACUACUUUCAGAACUUUCCAAUUCUGACAUUAAUCUCUCUCCUUUUACAUAUAAGAAUGUAAAUGUAGCCUAUGCUUCUGAUGUAAUGGUAAUGUCAUUUACGCAUACUGGUGAAUCUGGUUAUUGCUUAUAUAUACCAUCAGAAUACGCACUUCACGUAUACUCCAGAUUAAUGGAAGUAGGUAAAGAUUAUGGAGUACGAGAUGUAGGUGUACUCACACAACGUUUCAUGCGAAUAGAAAGAUUUAUUCCAUUUUGGGCUGAAGAAUUGACACCAUUUGUUACACCAUAUGAAGCUGGAAGUGGAUACAAUGUAAGAUUAGAUAAAGAAUAUUUUAUUGGCAAAUUUGCUUUGCAACGUCAAAAAGAACAAGGCGUAUCAAAACGAUUAGUAUUAUUUAUUGUUAAUGAAUUAGAUAUUAAUAAGGAUGUAUGGCCAUGGGGUGGCGAGCCUAUUUAUCGAAAUAAUGAAUUUGUAGGAACUAUUACAUCAGCCGGAUACGGUUUCGCUACAGAGAAACAUAUAGGUCUUGGUUUUAUCAGUUAUCCAAAAUCAGGACAUAUACAAAUUAAUGCAAAUACUGUUACAACAGACUUUAUAAUGGAUCCUAAAGCUCGUUACGAAAUUGAUAUCGCUGGUACUAGAUUUCCUAUUAAACCACACAUUCGUCCACUACCCAUACCGGCGCUGAGUAGUAAAUUGAACAAAAAAUAUAUUCCUACGCCUAUUGUAUCAUAUUAAAGCGACGUUCUUCAGUGAUAAUAUUUUAUUUCCUCCUAUUAUGUGAUUGAGACUUUAGUCAUUGUAAUUGUAAAUUAUGAAAUAAAUCUUAAUUUUUUAAAGACUA